AUGUCCGCGCGCAAUAGUCAUGACUACGCCGGGGAGUCCUUCGACGACGCCCGGGAAUCGAUCGAGAACAAUGACACCAACGUGGCCCUCAAGCCCUCGUCGACGCGGUCGUUGACCGACAGUCCCCCUGUCGGCAACAUAUCGUCGCCGGAAACCACUGAGAAGCCUCCUUUCCCUUCUGAAUCGCAGGACGAGAAGAAGAGCGAGGAGGAGGAUAGCAAGCAAGAGAAGAAGGAUGGUGGUACGGAUGCGGAUGCAGAUAACGACGAGAAACAGGCAGAGGGGGCGACGGCAGAUGAGGGCGCCGGUGUCGCGAAAGACGACGACAAGACCGAUGAUGAGCUACACAAGGUCGAUAAGCCAGAGACAAAGGAGACUGAGCAGCCUGACCAGGACACGGUCGAGAAGUCGUCCGUUCACACCCCUCGUCAUUCGCUCAACGAGGACAACCCGAAUGGCGCGGUAGACCCUGCGCACUCGGAGGAGACCCCUCGCAGACGUACAUCGCAGAAAUCGCCUUUGUUGACUUCCCAUCGCCUCUCCAGCACGUCGUCGCUCGACGAGAUACGGACUCGCCCCCCCGUGCCUCCCAAGGAUGCAAAUUUUACGGCUCCCUCCGGCUUCAAAGCGCUGUCGAAUAACCUUCCGUCAUUAUCAUGGGGUAGUGCUGCCCCAGCCAACAAGAGUUUACCCAUUGCAGCUGCACCACCGCCACCGGCUCGGAAGCUCAGCAGCGGGCCCUUUGCAUGGUUCUCUCGAAGCUCAACGGGGAGCAAGGACAUCAAAUCCCCGCCCCAGAAUGCCUUCAGUCGGAGAAACACUGCCGCCUCGGUGUCGACUAUCGCCAGCAACGUGGACUCGACCGCUCGGCACGACGGUGAAGAUGGUGAUACCUCUAGUCUGAGCUCCAAGAAGACUCGGCGUAACAGCCUGAAGGACCAGUUCAAGCUUCUACGGAUGCGGGAGGAAGGAAUUGCUGUACACGAUGAAGAGGGUGGGCUAUCAGCUCGUGCCAGCGUCAGCCAGCCUGGAGCCAGUCCUCAAAUCAUCCCGGAAGAAGGCGAGGAGGGCAUACUGGCUACACCAGGGGCAUCAGCCCCGGGAGCGACGUCUCCGGGCAUGACACCCUCGACUGUCAACCCCGAUCUGGCCCCCGGCACGGUUUCUGGAGUUUCUGCCUCGGCGACCGAUGCGUCGAUGCCUGUGGACUGGGACUUGUGGCAGCAGCUUGUCAAUGAAGGACCGCAGGCCCUGGCAGGUUCGGAGGAACUGAACAAGGCCAUCAAACGAGGUAUUCCGCAGACCGUUCGUGGCGUGAUCUGGCAGAUUCUUGCAGACUCUCAGCAGAUCGACGGGAUGGAGGAAACCUACCGGGAACUCGUGGCUCGCGGGACGAACCCAGAGAAAGAUCGUCGGACGUCCACCAGCCAGUUGAACGGGUCAGCCGAGAAGGAGUCCACCUCGUCCUCGCGCUCGUCCAUUCGCUCUGAACAUUCGGGAUCCGGGACGCAGUCGACCAGCGUGCCUCCUAGCGCUCCGCCGAGUGUCACCCCCAGCGUUGCCGCCAGCCCUUCCUUGGAAGUGGACCCAGAGAAGUUGGCCAAGGAGCAGGCUGCCAGCGAGAACUCCCGCAUCAAGAAAGCAAAGAGUGAGGCGGCUGCUCUCCAGAAACUGGAGAAGGCCAUCCGACGAGACCUGGGUGCGCGUACCAGCUACUCCAGAUACUUUGUCUCGCAAGGGAACCAGGAGAGUUUGUUCGGACUGUGCAAGGCAUAUGCCUUGUACGAUGAGGCAGUUGGUUAUGCCCAGGGCAUGAAUUUUAUUGUUAUGCCUCUGUUGUUUAACAUGGACGAGGUCGAAGCUUUCGCUCUGCUUGUGAAACUGAUGAACAAAUACGGGCUGCGGGAAAUGUUUAUCCAAGACAUGCCCGGUCUGCACCGCAGCCUAUAUCAGUUUGAGCGCCUUUUGGAAGAUUUGGAGCCUACGUUGUACUGCCACCUGCGGCGCCGCGGUGUUCACCCACAACUAUACGCGACACAGUGGUUCCUGACGCUAUUCGCCUACCGCUUCCCGUUGCAGCUGGUCCUUCGCAUCUAUGAUCUGAUCUUCGAAGAGGGGUUAGAGACCACGAUCAUCAAGUUCGGCGUGGCGAUCAUGCGCCGGAACGCGCAGCAACUUCUAAUCAUGAAGGACAUGGGCCCGCUCACCACUUUCCUCAAGGAGCGCCUAUUCGACGCAUACAUCGACAAGCAGCCCUCUCCGUCGUCGAUCUUGGAAUCCGGCUUCUUCGGCAGCUCGGGUGCUGCCGACAAGGAAGUUUACCGAUCCGACCUUCUCGUGCAAGAUGCAUGCGCCACCCCGCUCACGCCAGAAAUGAUGGCCGCCUACUCCACCGAGUGGGAGGAGAAAGUGCGCACCGAAAAGGAACACGAGGCUGAGUUGGAGACCCUGCGACAUACCGUGACCACCCAGGCAGCUCGAAUCCGUCUUCUGGAAGAGCGCGCCGAGGCUUCUGACACGGAGCAUGUGCAGCUGGCAUCGCAACUGGUACACGUCAAGGUUGAGAACGAAGAAUUGCGCGACCUCGACGAGGCGUUGAAGCUGCAGGUUUCUGAGCUGAAGAGUGUGGUGGACAAGCAGCCAGCUGAGGUGGAGGAGAAGCUGCGCACGGAGAUGGACCGGAUCAUGAAGCGGAACAUCGAGGUGCAGAAUGAGAACCGCGCGAUGGAGGAGCAGAUGUCCGAGAUGGAGAAGGAGUUGGUGGCUACGAAGAUGAAGUGGGCGGAGUUGUGCGAGAACCACGACAAUCUCAAACAGAAGUGGAAUGACCUUCGCCGGGCUCUCGACUAA